CCUAUCUCAAGCCGGAACUGAUGUUUUUUGGAUUCAAACAAAGCUUUUCACUCAACUAGUCGAAGGAAGAAAUUAGGGUUUUCGAAAUGGCAAUGGCUGGGCGUCUGAGAUCAACCCUCCCUCUCUUCCAGAAGAUUCUCAGAUCCAAAUCUUUCUCCUCCACUCAGAGAUCCACCAUUCAACGAUCAGUGCUUUGCCCUACCUUCACAAAUCCGGAGUUCUCAAAGAAUUAUGCUUCUCUAUCUGCACCAAAGGAGCAGAAAGUUAAGGUGCCUCUGACUAUGUUUGGGGUCUCUGGAAACUAUGCCUCUGCUUUGUACCUUGCAGCAGUAAAAGCAAAUGCAUUGGACAAGGUUGAAUCUGAGCUUCUUGAUCUUGUUGAAGCUUCAAAGAAAAGUCCUACAUUUUCUCAGUUCAUGAAAGAUUUGUCAGUUCGUGCGGAUAUUAGAGUAAAGGCUAUACAGGAAAUUUGUGCUGAAGCUAAAUUUUCAGAUCUUACAAAGAACUUUAUGGCUGUUUUGGCUGAGAACGGGAGGCUGAGGCACUUAGAAGCUAUUGCAAAGAGAUUUAUAGAAUUGACUAUGGCACAAAGGGGAGAAGUGAAAGCCAUUGUGACAACUGUUAUCCCUCUUCCAACUGAAGAGGAGAAAGAACUGAAAGAAACACUACAGGAUAUAAUUGGACAAGGGAAGAAGGUCAAGGUUGAGCAGAAGAUUGAUCCUAGUAUUCUUGGUGGACUAGUGGUGGAAUUUUCGCAGAAAGUUUUUGACAUGUCCAUCAGGACUAGAGCAAGGCAGAUGGAGAGAUUCCUUCGGGACCCUGCCAAUCUUGGGCCACUCUAAAAGGUGUUGCGCCAUUUCCAAUCACCUCGUUUUCUUGUCUUUUUCAUCACCGACUGCAAAAAUAAUUACUUUUGUUGCUUUUGACUCAACCUUUAAUGUGAUCGUUGGUCCAUCUUGUUGAAAAUAAAAGCUACUUGUUCAACCUCACCUUUUUUUUCCAUGGGUUCUAUUGUACUUGAUAUUGAGAUCAUAAUUUGAUUUGCAUAUUUCAAUACACACUCAGUUUGUCUCCACCAGAGGAAAGUUCUUACAAGAAAAGAUGUGUAAACAAGGUGGAAUGUCUAAAUAUUGGUUCGUUUUUCUGAUCUUGGUUUUCUCUA